GAGAGAGAGAGAGAGAGAGAGAGAGAAAUUUCGAGAAAUAAUUGUCUAGAAUCGUUGAAAUAAUGUUCCUGCGCAUCGACGACAGGUUGCUACGCUUCGGGGUACUGUUUCUUUUGUGGAUAGGCUCGAGUUGUCAACAAGAGGAGGACAUACCUCACAAUGAGCCUGUGCACCGUCGGACAUCGAUGAUGCAUGAGGAGCCUGAAAGAAGUUGGCUGAAAGGGCGAAAGGGAGGGAAAGAGGGAAUCACGGGUGAGAAGGGUGGUGGUGCGAGCGAUCGGACGGAUGGGGGUGCAUAAAGCUCGACGAGCAAAACUCGAUAGGGA